CCUGCGAUGACCGGACCUGUGCCGAGUGACGUCAGAAGGCACCUAACCUUGACGAACCGUGUGCUUUGCGGGUCUCCUUCCUGUUCCCACUUUUCCUCUAUUCGGCGAUUGCCUCGUGUUGGUCUGCGUCGGAUUAGCAAGAUUUUACGCGCGCCGACCGAAGUGCAACGCAGCGCGACGCAUUACCAUAGCCACAGUGUUUUCUUAGGAUCCGUCCAGCGAGCGGGACUGCGGGACGAGCCGGCGGCAGUACUUGCAGUACUUAGAGGCACUCCGUGUCGUCGGACAGUGGAGAGCGAGCAUCCGAGGAGGCAGCACCUAUGUAACACCUGCACCCGGCGCCCAGCCUACUCGCUUCGUGCACGGCGAUCACGCGUCGCAUGAUGUCUACCGCGUCGCGUGUGACUGCGGAGGACGGGUGCGAGUGCCCAGUGUGUGGGAAGAGAUUGCAAAGAGGUUCUUCCCUUAAGUUGCACCUCCAAACUCACUCAGGGGAGAGGCCUUUCGAGUGCUCCGUAUGCAAGAAAAAGUUUACUCAAGCUAUUCACCUCAAGCUUCACUUCAGGAUUCAUACAGGAGAAAAACCAUUUACGUGCUCAAUUUGCGGCAAGGGUUUUAAGAUUAGUGGACAACUUAAGUUACACACCAGAACGCAUUCAGAGGACAGGCCAUUUGAGUGCACAAUUUGCGAGAGGACGUAUCGCUUUAAAAGCAACUUGAAAUCUCACCUCCGUGCUGCACAUUCAGAAGAUCCAUUUCAGUGCUCUCUUUGUUUAAAAAACUUUUCUUCAGGUGGCAACCUUCGGACGCACCUUCGCACCCACACAGGGGAGAAGCCAUUUAAAUGCUUAGUAUGUAGUAAAGGUUUUCGCAAUGCUGCGAAGCUUCAGAUCCACCUCCGAGUCCACUCGGGUGAGAAACCAGCUGAGUGCUCUGUCUGCAAAAAGAGGUUCAGUAGCACCGAUUACCUCAAGCUGCACAACCGUAUCCACACUGGAGAAAUGCCCUACACGUGUCCGGUUUGUGGGAGGAAGUUUGCUGUGCUGUCUUCCUUGAAGAGUCACCUCGUUACGCACACAGGAGAGAAGCCUUAUGAGUGCAAAGUCUGCAACAAGACAUUUGGAAGCAGUAAUUGCCUGAGUACUCAUAAACGCACUCAUACAGGAGAGAAACCCUAUGCGUGCCCGAUUUGUGAGAAGAGGUUUAGUAUAUCUGGCAACUUAACGGUACACAUCCGCACCCAUACGGGCGUGAAGCCUUUCCAGUGCUCUGUCUGCAAGAUGGAGUUUGUUGGAGCUGGCGGUCUGAGUUCGCACCUCCGCACGCACUCGAAAGAGAAGCCCUUUGAGUGCUCAGUUUGCAACAAGAAGCAUUCCAGCGCUGUUUUGCUCAAGCAACACCUUCUGCGACACAAGGGGGCCGAGCCACUAGAGUGUGCCUUGUGUAACUUGACGUUUAUUCAUGGUCAUUCGCUGGAAGUGCACCUUCGUCGGGUGCACAAGGGGGAGAAACUGUACGAGUGUUCUGUUUGUCAGAAGGACUUCUGUAGCGGCAGCGCUCUAACUAUGCACCUCCUCACCCAUACGGAGGAGAAGCCAUUUGAGUGCUCAGUCUGCAACAAGAAGUGCGUUCAAGCUGGUGCACUGAGAACGCACAUGCGUGUGCAUACACGUGAGAGGGAGACAUUGGAGUGCUCAGUCUGCAACAAGAAGUACGUUCAAGCUGGUGCACUGAGAUCGCACAUGCGUGUUCAUUCACGGGAGACAUUUGAGUGCCCUGUCUGUGCAAAGAAAUUCAGUUCAAGCUGUGAACGUCAGAAGCACAUCCGAUGCCACCAGAAGCAAUACAAGUGCUCCGUUUGUAAGAAGUCGUAUAAACUCAGAGGUUUCUUAGAGAAUCACCUCCGUCGUCAUCUGGAUGACGAGGCGGACUCAAAUAAUGAGUAGAGAUGUUCUUCGUGUACAACGCCCUUGCUUCGUCUCACCGUCGGCUUCUAACGCUCAGUCCCUCUGCGUAUAAUAUCAAGAUUUGGUUUACUUUUGUAAUGUGCCAGGACGCUGUGAAAUAAAGCUGCAGCAAGUUAUAGUUA